AUGCCUAGCAAACUCCACCCGCUCGGAAAGAAUGGUCCUCUUGUACCAGCCCUAGGGUUUGGUUUAAUGGGAAUGUCCCAACCUCACUAUGGAGUACUUCCAAGUGACGAAGGACGUUUUGCCCUGCUGGAUCGAGCGGUCGAAAUAGGUGCAACCUUUUGGGACACUGCCGACCAAUAUGGUGAUAACGAAGAACUACUUGGUAAAUGGUUCAAGCAAACUGGGAAAAGACAAGAGAUCUUCCUUGCAACAAAAUUUGGUUAUGUUCAGCACAGCAAAGCAUACGAGACAGAUAGUUCGGCAGCGUACUGCAAGGAAUCCUGUGCGAAGAGUCUGGAGAGACUUGGCGUGGACACCAUCGACUUGUACUACCUGCACAGUGCCAAUUUCGAGACACCAAUUGAAGAAACCAUGCGUGCCUUGGUUGAGCUUCAAGCAGAAGGCAAAAUCAAACACAUCGGCUUGUCCAUGAUUUCCUCGACCACCCUCCGCCGAGCAUGUAAGGUUGCACCCGUUGCCGCCGUACAAACAGAAUACUCGGUAUUCUCCCGCGAAAUUGAGGGCACCGCUGGCACCGACCUCCUAGCUGCCUGCCGCGAACUCGGCGUCGCAGUAGUCGUUGCAACACCUCUAGGACGAGGCCUGAUCACAGACGCCUUCAGCAAAGGCGAAGCAAUCGCCGAUGGUCCAGACAUCAGACCAGUCGCCAUCCCUCGAUUUAUGGCGGAAAAUGCGCCCACAAAUACGGCAACUGUCAAUCAAUUCAAAGCAUUUGCUGACAAGAAAGGUUGCACGGUUGCUCAGCUUGCUCUUGCAUGGUUGCUGAAGCGUGGGGAGGAUAUUUUCCCGAUUCCGGGUACAAAGAAGAUCAAGUAUCUUGAAGAGAAUUGGGCGGCUCAAGAUGUUUCUCUUUCGGAUGAGGAGGAAGCUGAGAUUGAUAGUUUUCUUGAGUCUGCUACUAUCGUUGGUGGCACUGUGCCGCCUCAGUUUGCGUCUUAUAUUUUCAAGGACACUAAAGAGUAG